UGCCUAAUACAGUUAGUGAGAGCUGGAGCUACUGUAAAUGCCUGUACAACACGUUUUGCCCAAACACCAGCCCAUAUUGCUGCUUUUGGAGGACAUCCUCAGUGCCUGAUCUGGUUGAUUCAAGCAGGGGCCAACAUAAACAAGCAGGCUCUUUGCAGAGAUGGAAAUUGCGUGAAAGAGAAGAAUGUUGGAGUGAUGUAGCUGUGAUGGUCCAGGAAAAAUGCCAAGAGGAUUAUGUUGGUGAAACUCCUAUUCAUAAAGCAGCACGGUCUGGUAGUAUGGAUUCCGUAAGUGCCCUUGUGGCUAAUGGAGCACAAAUAGAAUUGUCGCAUGGCAUUAACAAAGAAUACAUAAAGCACUUGAGAAAUGCCAGUGGCCUGACAGCAGCAGACCUUGCUCAUACCCAGGGCUUCCAAGAAUGUGCCCAGUUUCUCUUGAACCUCCAGAACUGUCACCUGAAUCAUUUCUAUAGUAAUGGCACUUUAAAUGGGGUUCAUCAGAAUGCAGGUUCCAAUCCUCUCAAUGGUGGGACAAGUCGAAAGAGAUCCUUUGAAGAUAUGGAGUCUGCUGGAUUAAAGAAAGCAAGGACUGAAGCUUACAAUUUUGAUGGCUUAUUACCAAUGGUGAACGGAGGAGUUGAGGAUGAUGCUGACAAUAUGCACAUUGAUAGAGAGUUUGCUGUUGUAUCAGAUAUGAAUAGCAGUAGUCCCAUAAUGAACGCAUUGACAAAUGGAUGUGCCAUCAAUGGACAUCUGGACUUCACCGGCACAGCACAGCUCAAUGGAAUGGAUACCAGGCGUGACGAAAGUUUAACAUUAGUUCCUGGAAUAACCUCUACCAAUAGGCAUAGAAUUCAUACCAGUAAUGGCACUGAGGAACCAGAAAAAGCCCUGAAUACUUCUACUGAUAUGUGUGGUUCCUUACAUCAGAAUGGAAGCCCAAGUAGCUUUGUAUCUAACAGGCCCUCGUGGGUGGAAGAUGUAGGAGAUACUUUGCACUAUGGACACUAUCAUGGUUUUGGGGAUACUGCUGAAAGUAUCCCUGAACUUAACAGUGUCCUUGAGCAUUCCAAUUCUGUUAAAGUUGAACAGAAAUACAAUAAUACUGUCCUAGGCACAAUGUAUCUUUAUCAUGGUUCCUAAAUCAAGUCUUGUUGUUUAUAUCAAAUGCAUAUUGAAAU